AAUCUUGAUCCUGAUUCGAGCAUUGAAAGGUUAUCAUAACACAAGGGAACCACUUAUAAGAAAUAUACUAAAACACACCCCGCCAUUCACAAGAUCUCCACCAUUGGCCCUUCUUAUUCUGCCUUUUCUUCAUUUCUUGUCUCCCUCUAUUUCGUUACUAUUUCCUAAUUCUGAUUCUCUCCAGCCCCCUACCCCCUCCGGUAGUCCGACCCGUAUUAGCUUCUCCAUCGGACUUGGCACUGCGGUGGGCACAAGGGCGAAUUCUUGUUCAAACAUUCAUUCAAUUUAGAUGCGGAUUCAUCACGUUCCGCGAAAUUGAGAUUUCUAGUUUUCUGUAUAAUGGACUCGAUUUGGGCGAACGAUGGUGCCCCUGCCGCUUCUCAUUUAUUAUAUGCUGUUUACUUCGCUUUUGGUUUCGUCAUCGUCAGAUUGUUCCUUGACAGAUUCAUCUUUCGGAGGCUAGCCAUUUUGUUGCUGCACCUGGGAACACCCCAUCUGAGGAACGAUGAGGCUACAAGAGGAAAAAUUGUUAAAUGCUCUGAAUCCAUGUGGAAAUUUGCUUAUUAUGCCACUAUUGAGUUUUGUGUCCUAAAAGUUGCUUAUCAUGCGCCAUGGUUCCUAAAUGUGAAGGGAUAUUUCAGGGGCUGGCCAAAUCAAGAACUAUCGGCUGGAAUUAAGCUUAUCUAUAUGUGCCAAUGUGGGUUCUACCUCUAUUCUAUUGCUGCCCUCCUUGUUUGGGAAACGCGACGGAAAGACUUUUCUGUAAUGAUGUCUCAUCACAUAGUUACAGUUUUUCUGAUUUCAUUCUCAUAUAUUUCAAGCUUCUUUCGGAUUGGGAUAGUUAUUCUUGCAUUACAUGAUGCAAGUGAUGUCUUUCUUGAGGCUGCCAAAGUUUUUAAAUAUUCAGAGAAGGAGCUUGGAGCUAGCGUACUAUUUGGUUGUUUUGCUGUCUCCUGGCUUGCACUGAGGCUGAUUUUCUUCCCAUUUUGGAUCAUAAGAUCCUCAAGCUAUUAUCUAUGUGAGGUCUUGAAGUUGUCAGAGGCAUAUGAUACAAUCAUAUACUACUUCUUUAACACAAUGCUCUUGACCCUACUUGUGUUCCACAUUUAUUGGUGGAUUCUCAUAUGUUCAAUGAUCAUGAAACAGUUGAGAAAUAGAGGGCAAGUUGGGGAAGACAUAAGAUCUGAUUCGGAAGAUGACGACUAAUUUGGAAGGCUACACUCAGAUUCUUCAGCAGAAACGUGCUUUGAAUAUUACAUAUGAGCUGUAGGAUUGCCUCUGCAUAUGAUCCUUUUCCCUCAAUAGACUUAGCUUGACUUCUUCUACGCUUUUAUAGUCAACUAUACAUUUUUUUGGGUUUGAUCAUUUAUAGUAAUAGAUCUGGUAGCAUUAGAUUGCGGGGACAUUAUCAGUUUAACUUGUUAUUACAUUUUUGGUGUACAAAAUAAUAGGUGUCUCCUUGUAUAAUUGUUCCCUAAACAAGUAUUCAAAACGAUUCAAGCAAACCAUCUUCACUUAAUAA